AUGGAUAGUAAAUUUUACAUCGAGGAGGUCUGUGUUGAAACAUAAAAUGAAAAACUUGAAAUUCCGAAUGCAGAUAAAAAUAAAAUCAUGCAUACACUUGUAAUUGUAUUUUCUAUACACAAAAAGGAAGAAAAUUUAAAAUAGAAGAAUGAUUUUUUAAAUUCAGAAGAUUAUUAUAAUUUCUAACAACUACUUGUUAUUUCAUUAAUUACAAUCAACUUUUCUAAUGAUGAUCCCUUUUUUAGACAUAUAACAAUGGUUGUCAAGGCUAUAAAGAAGGCAAUCAAAAAAAGACUUACUCAAGAGACUAAUUAGUUUUCAUCUAAAUAGGAAUUUAAAAUUUAAUAAUCUUCUCUCUUCAGAAUCUAUUAUUAGGAUAUAAAUAUAGGAUUUAUAACGUCUACGCAGCAAAUCAAAUCGACAGCUUUCAUUUUUGUCAAUAAAAACAUAUGUAAUGAAUUUAUGAACAAGAAAAUGUCAAUUGAACAAAAAGACUAAUAAGUGCGGCUAACGCUAUAUUUUUUUGAUAUCAACAUUUAGAAAGAAAAACAAAUUUAGUAAGAGUUUAAAAAUUAAUUUUUGCGAAUUAAUAAAUUCAAAAAUGAGUUCAUCGCAUUGAAUGAGGAAAUAGAUCAAUAGAAAUAAACCACAACAUAUCAUGUGUAUAAGCCUAUGGAUGAUUAAAUUUAUUUUGUUAAAAGAAUUUAAUUGUUAAAUAUACCUUUGGAUGUUGCAUUUCAAGAUAUAUUUAACACAAAAAGUUCAACUUAAGAUUACUACAAAAUUUAAGAAGCACGUACUCUUCAACAUGUUUCACAUCCAAACAUAAUCAGACUUUAUGAAUGGUGGUUGGAAAUAAAAAACUACUAAUUAUUUUUGUAUACUCAGUAAGAAUACUGUAUUUAUCCUGGAUACAUUUCACAAUCUAAAAAUCUAUUGAGUUAUUCCUAUUUUUAUAUGAACCCCAUGCCUUAAGAAUAGAAGAGCAAACUAAUCAAUGAAAUUCUAUGUUAGAUAAUAAGUGGUUUGGAGUACUUGUAAAAAAAGCAGAUAGUCCAUGGAGACUUGAAACCUGAAAGCAUUAUGGUGACUAAAAGUAUUACUGGAGACAUAUAGGUUAUGUUAGCAGAUUUGAAUCAUUCAUAUUCUUGUUAUCAAGAUUUGCAAAAGAUCUAGACAAAAGAUUAUAUUGAUUACAAAUAACAAUGCUUGUAUGCUUUAGGUGUACUGUUGAUGCAUCUGAUCCUCACAUUCCCUGGAGAACCAACGCUCAGAAAUAAUUAUGUUACAAAAUUUUAGAAUUAUGACAUAGAUGAUUCGCUAAGUGAGUUUGAUAAAUGGGCGUAAAAAUCUGUUAAGAAUAAGCAUAAGGAGUUUUCAUUUUUCUUAUAUAAAAAUUAAAUGGAAUUAGCGAAAUCUCUAUUAAAGAAAUAACAAUUUCAUGAAUUACAUGAAGUAAGAACUUUUAUUUAAAAUAAUAAAUAAUUUGAUCAUCUAUUAGUUUGA